AGUUUAUUUCCGAGAGGGCUAGUUGUCUGUAGUAUUUACACCAGUAUUCGUGUAACACAUAUGGUCAUACUCACCACAAAUCGUCCAGAGGGCACCUAUAACAAGCCAGCAGCCAUGAGUCCAUCUACAUGUAGCCUCUUCCUUGUUUGUCUGCUCGUUAGUGUUCACAGAAAUCUGGUCCAGGGCUGUGACUCAGACAGCCAGUGCCCGUACGGAUACCACUGCUGCACGGGAACCGACUGGUGUUGUUCGUCUGGGUACAUAUGUACCGGAACUGCCACCUGCUUAUCCGUUGGAAUAAUCGUCGGACCUAUCGUCGCUGUUGUAAUUAUCAUCGCUCUUGUCGUUCUGUGGUGUUACAGACGACGCAGAGCAACCUACAAUCAGAUUUGAUGACAUCAUACGUUUAGUAGAGACAUCAGGUUUGAUGACAUCAUAAGUUUAGUAGUGACAUCAUCUCACUCAGAUCUAAUGCCUCAUUUGAUGCUGGGUAAUAACAAGUUUGGUGGUGACAUUGCCACACUUAGAUCUAAUGCCUGGACUUUAUCCUACUUCAUUAAGCACACACCAAUCUCUAUGAUGCUGAUAUCUGCAUUACAAAUUUGAUGCCAAAUAAAAUGUUUAUCAUGUC